UAGCUACUAUGAUAUUACCGGUAGAUGCAUGCAUACCAACAUGUACUGGUACCAGUUUUCGCAAUGCUAUCACCAUCAUCGCUAAUGCUAAAAUAGCUACCGGUAGAAUGCUAAUGAGGCUGGCCCUUCCUUUCAUUAUUAUUCUUUGUAAAAUCGCAGACAAUUGGAAAAUCAAAAACAGCAGACAAUGUGUUGGAGCUUCAAGGUAUCCAUGGUGUUUGCCUUGCUGGAAGCAUCAAGCACUUUCUACCUUUACCAACGUGCCAAGAAAUCCACAGACCCGUACAUUCGAGCCCAACUCUGGGUAGUACCUUUGCUAAUCACAAUUUUUCUGGUGGAAAUAACCGAGGCUUUUGUGUGGUUGGAUCCCACCUUGCUACCAGUCACGGCCCAAGAAGGGCCCCCUUGUUCCGCAUACAAUCGCAACUUGACCAUGGUGUUUUGGUUUUUGGUUUAUCCCUGGCAACCUCUGCUCUGUACCAUUCCCUGUCGACGAGUUGGACACCCUCGGAAUCGUGAUAUUUUUGCUGGUAUUGAGAUAGUUGCCAUUGCAUUGCCCAUUUGGCACAUUAUGAUUUACAUACUUGAAAUCACUCCUCAUUUGCUGGAUGAACACUACAAUCCACCACCUCCAAGAUUUGAUAUUCAAAGGCAGGCUUACCAAACCUUUCAAAACUCUGAGACUUGCACUUAUGUGGGACAAAAUGGCCACUUGUUUUGGACUUUGGCCACAGCCACUAGUUGGUUGUCCCCCAAUGGAACCUGCUACAUCAUUCUGUUCUCUUCCUUUAUCCUGUGCAAACCAAAACGAUUCUUUGCUGGCAUGGCCCUGUUCAUGUCUGCCUUAGCACUGUGCCUGAAUACGUACUAUAGAGGAUCUAUGGAAAUGGCCAGUAUGUGGUGUUGGUUGGGCAUGCUGAUGCAUAUCUAUUUCAUAUUACAACCAUAUUUGUUGCCGUGCAAUGAUAACAAUUCAUAUUCUGCAGAUACCUUUGCUGCAAAUGCUGGUUUUCGUGAUGAACUGCCGGUAGUGGAGAUUGCAAAGUGCAAUGGAGGUGGGAGUUGCAUGAGCCAAAGUUGGCCAGGUGGCAAAAGUCAAUGGUUUCGAAAACUGGCUCACAAGAUGCCACCGUGGGCAUCUGAAGUGGUGUAUUUUUUGACUUCUUCCACAUGCAAAGAUGUUGCGGUCUCACACAAAGGGUCAUGAUGCAGUGACCCAAUAUCUCCACGCCGACGCUGGCACCUUGGGGCUCGGAAUCUGUAUAGGUAAGAUCAACGCCCAGCGACAGGAGAAGGUGGCGGCUUCAAGAAACGACAAAACUUGGGGAGCGCGCGAGAAUACCGGUAGGUGUUUUGGGAAUCCCGGCGAAGUUGUAGCAGCAAAGGCAGAGAGAAAAGGAACUCUUUGUGGCUUCAAGAGUUUUGAUAUAGGUUGAAAGGGACAUUUUGAUGGGAUUUUUAACACUUUUAAUUAAGAAACGCUGACCAGAC